CUACGUUAUCGACACAUUCAAUUUAUUUUUGAUACUCGCCAGUCUGCAAUUUUUGUUUACGUUUUGCAAAAUAUAUUUUUUGCUGCAUUUGGAUAAAAUGACUAGAACAUGUAUUGUUUGUGGCAACAGAGCUUCUAAAACAGAUCGUGAGAUUGUUGAUCCACUGGAGAAAAUCACAUAUCACACAAUACCAAUAAGUGAAAAAAGGAACCGAAAAUGGAUGGUAUUUUGUUGUCUCACCAAAAACGACAACAUGAGGAACAAAUACGUUUGCAGCGUACAUUUUGAAAAAAAAUGUUUUGAACGCGACCUGAAAUCAGAAUUAUUGGAUGGAGUUAAACGUAUGAUUCUUAAAAAAGAUGCAAUACCUACGAUCAAAAAGCCAAGAAAACAAAAACGAAAAAAUUCACAAGAACAUGAGGAAGAACAACAAAAAAGGCGCAAAGAGGAGAUCGAAAAGUUACUGAAUGGGGAUGUACCCAAGCCUAUACUAAAUCCAUUUCGUCAGAAGCAAAUAGAUAGCAAAUCAUCAACAAAAAACGAAGUUCGCACAAGUUCUCGUCCUCGAAGAAAAUGCAUUGAUGCCGAAAUUAUAGCUGCGCCAAUCGAAUUCAUAGAGCCACCAAUCGAUUCCGAUAACAAUGAGGAAUCAGAAUCUCUGAGACAGGAAAACAAGAUUCUAAAAUUAAAAAUUACAGAGCUAGAGCAACAAAUAGAAAAAAAGAAUGAGAAAAUCAGCCUGGCGAAAACUGAAAUGUUGAAUAUUACUAUUGCCUUGCAAGAAUUGAAAGAUAUUGAAAAUCGUAAUCUAAAUAUACGAGUAAACGAGUUCUUGCAAGGUAUAUUCACGGAUAAUCAAAUACGCAAACUCUCGCAUGGCGGUGAGAAUAUAACUUGGACUAAUGACGAAAUGAGCAACGCAUUUAUUUUACGCAUGUUUGGCGAAGACACAUAUGAACACGUAUGCGAUAGACUUCACUAUCCUUUGCCCACUACAACGGAGAUGGAACAAUGGGUUCACGACAGUUACUUGCAGAGAGGAUUAUUAGUACCAAUCCUUAAAAUACUUCAAGUGUAUGGCCGCGGCAUGGAUCCUCAUGAUAAAGAGUGUGUUCUUCUUCUUGGUCGCACAAAGGUGAGACCACAAUAUACCUAUGAUACGAUCCGUGAUCAAAUAAUCGACAAUGAAGGAUAUAUGCACUGUAUUUGCGUACAAGGAAUUUUAACUGGUUGGCAUCAAAUAAUAUAUAUAGAUUUUGAUCUUAUAUAUUCAACUGAUUUGUUAGUAAUAUUGAUUACUGAGCUAUAUAAAAUCGAAUUUAACGUGAUGGCUGUAAGCGGAGUUUGUGAACAAGAAACGGUUGAUCUGUGGAGUGAAUUUGACAUCUCACCUGAUCAACAUUUCAUUUAUCAUCCAAAAACAGAGCAACCAAUUUACAUGUUUACUUGUGCUGUAUCUACGUUUCAAAUGCUACAUAAAGUUCUAUCGGAUGGAGGAUUUUUGGUGCAAGAUGAUGUGCUUGUUACAACAAAUAUAAUAGAAAAACUAUUUCAAUCGGACCUCCCAGAGAUACAUCAGAAUUUGAAAAUAACAAAGCAGCAUUUAUCUUGCCGUGUUUUCACUGAAUACAACAAUCAUAUAACAGAAGAACUAAUUUCUCAAGCCACUGCACGUUCUCUUCAAAUAUUAUCGGAAGAAGGAGAAGAAGCAGUAGCGGUACUUGCAACCUUGUUUGAACUGUUCAGAGAUUGGUACGACUUAUCGAUGACAUCGUCCACAUGUGCAGAAAACGAAAUAUCCAUAACACACCAAAAAUAUGGAAUGAACUUUGACGAACAAAACGUUGUACUAGAUGGAAUGUAUGAUACAAUUGAAUCACUAAAGUGUAAUUCUGAACAGUACAACUUCGUACAGCAAGCAGUUAUGGUAUCCAUAAACUCGCUUCGAAAACUUUUUAUUGAUAUAAAGAGAAAAUUUCGCGGCGAAUCCAUACCUACCGCUAACUUGACAAUGGUCUCGCUUAAUGACCUUUUCUCUCAGUACAAGCAAAUUCAAAACCUCACGGUUGCGCCCAUCGAGAAGAUACUUCACUUACUUAGUGUAGUGAUUGCGGACUGCGAUCUUCUAUCGAUAACGAAUAAAAUUCUGAAUGCAGCAAGUCUAAACAAAGGUAUUCGUACACUAGAAAAAUUUGGCACCAGUACAGAUAGCACUUUCGGGAAUAUAUCCGAGAAGGAUGCUUGUACUUUUUUGACGGCAUAUAUAGCUCACGAAUUAAAAGAAAAAUAUAGUUAUCUGGGGGAUCAAACUUUCAUAAUUGAAAGGAAAAACAACAGUUAUGUUGUGACGUCCGGAAUACAGACAGGAGAUAUUGCGCCAUCAGGACUAUGGGUUGAACAAGCUAGAAAACUGGAGAUGUACGUAUCUGAUAUAACAUUCUACAGAAACGAAAAUGUUAUUGAAAAUGUAGUAAGCUCGAUUGCAAAGCGACAUCCAAAAAUGGGUGUUGAUAUAAUUCGUAUGUACGUAGAAAAGCGUAUAAUGAUAAAGCUAAACAAUUUGAAUAAAGACCUUCAACAAAUGUCAUAAGCAAGUAACA